CUGUUUCUCGUGCGCUGCUCUUUCUUUGUGUUCAGACUGUUAGUAGCACGACAGCGAACUUACUGACAGCUGCUCAACGGAUCUUCACUGCGACUUGACACAAAAGAGAGCUGCAGUCAUGGGGAAAGGAUGCAUCGCCGCCACCAAAUACUUCCUGUUCUUGUUCAACCUCCUCUUCUUUAUUCUUGGAGCUGUAAUCAUGGGCUUUGGACUGUGGGUCAGGCUGGAUAGUCAGAGUUUCCUCACGGUUUUGCAAGAGUCUUCUACAUCGCUGAAAGUUGGAGCCUACAUCUUGAUCGGGAUUGGAUCUCUGUCUAUGCUCAUGGGAUUCCUGGGUUGCAUUGGUGCCAUCUAUGAGAUCCGCUGCCUGCUUGGAUUGUAUUUCACGUGUCUGCUCCUCAUCCUCAUCGCUCAGGUCACAGCCGCUGUUCUUAUCUACCUCCAGAGAGACCUGCUGAAAGGAGAGACGUACAAUAUUGUGAACAAAAUUCUGGUGAACUACACUGGUUCUAACAAUACAUCAGAGGAUGCCUGGGAUUACAUUCAGAGAACGAUGAAGUGCUGUGGAUGGAAUGGACAGUCUGACUGGAAUGAGAACGUGAUGAUAAAGAGUCAGAACAACUCCAAGAUUCUGUAUCCAUGCUCCUGCAGAAAUGAAUCCAUCAGUGGCUCAGAUAAACAAGAAAAAGGCUUUUGUGAGGGUUUGGUCCCUCAAUGGCCUGUCUUCACUAAGGGCUGUAUAUCUAGUUUGGAGGACUGGAUCCUAAGGAACUGUGGAGUUAUUCUGGGAGUCUGUGUUGGAAUAGCAGUGAUCGAGCUUUUAGGGAUGAUCCUGUCCAUGUGCCUCUGCAAGAGUGUCCAACAAGAGGAUUACACCAAAGUCCCCAAAUACUGAGCGCAAACCCCCAUCACAGCACAAAACAGCAGUGUUACAGCCUCUCCACACCAGCACAGCAACUGGAACAAAGCGAACCAGACCAGACACACAAACACUUUAUUAUCCCAUCAAACAAUCCAGUCAUCACCCUGUUCAACAUCAACAUUUUAUAACAGCGCUCUUCUUCUUUUAAAGAGACACUCUUUUGGAAAUAGGCUUAUUUUAUAACUCCACCAGAAUUAAAGAUUGACAUCCAUUCAGUUGAUUUCUGGGUUUGGCAAGAACACUUUUAGCUUAGCUUAUCAUAAAUCAUUGAAUCAGAUUAGACCAUUAGCAUCUCAUUCAAAUUAAAAAAACAGUUCAGAUCAUUUUCUUAUUUAAAGCCGGGCUCUUAUGUAGUUACCUUGUGCAUGAAGAUCAACAGAAAUUUAAACGUUUGUAUUUUUUGGCCAAUAUGGCUAGGAACUGUACUCUCAUUUUGGCAUAAUAAUUACAGUAAGUAACUUUGCUGCCAUACCAUGGCUACAGCAGGCACAAUAAUAUUAUGCAGUGCUUUUACCUAGUUACUCAGCUUGGGACUAUUUUCAGGCACUGCAUAAUAUCAUAGCCAAGGUAGUGCAGCAAAGUUCCUUCAUUAUUGCAUCAUAAUGGGUAUAGUUAAGUAGUAUAGUAAGGGUAUAGUUCCUAGACAUAUCGACCCAAAAAAAGCAACUUUUCAUUUUCCGUAAGCCUUUGUAACCACAAAAGAGUCCAUUUUCAAAUAGUACAAUUAUCUAAAACUUAUAAUGAGUGAAGUGCUAAUGGUCUAAUCCGAAUCAAUGAUUUAUGCUAAGCUAAGCUAAAAAUGCUGCCACCAGACUCCGGGUUCGGCUGAAUGCAUUCAAAAAUGAAAAACUCAACUGUUUAACUCUAGAAAGUGCAUGAGGGUACAAAUGAGCUACAAACAAAAAAAGUGGGGUGUUCCUUUAAAUCGUAUAUAUUGUAUAGAUUGAUCUUUUGAGCAUCUCAGUAGCAUGAUGUAUGAUUAAAGCUGUAUUUGACUGUUGCGUUUACGGUUUUCAUUGUUAGUUGAAUCUAAGAGAGCACUUUAGUGAAUAGAGAGUUUGAUAAGGGAGCUACUUUUAAAAUAUUUCUUUUUAUUAAAAAAAACCAAGGGGGAAAUCAACACUUUUAUUUACCCUAAUCAUUAUUUUAUAUGAGAAUUGUAUACUUUCAAUUUGGUUAUGUAUAUGAUUGAUAUACUUCAGUCAGGUUUGUUCUUAGUGAAUUACUACAUUCCUCUUAUAGCAGCACUUAAUGAUUGCUUUCUGCGUGUGUUAUUAGUCAGGGUGGAGCAGGUGUGGUUUGGGUUGGGUGAGGAUGCCUGCGGUUGGCGAAUGCUAGGGCAGAGGAGGAGACUGAGGGCCAGCGUAGCGUUUCUUGUGGUUUACAUGUGAGUCAGGGUGUGUAUCUGGAUUCAGGCUGAGUUCGUAUCCCACAAUUCCUUCUGCUGGGUGAAACAGCUGUUCAAAUGUGUCCAGAACAGGCUUUAGAUACACGUCUUGCUGACUGACUCCAGCUGUAGCCUGAGCGAAAUCCUCACAUCUGACAUCUGUCUUCCUGUUUCUGACUCAUUUUAGUCCAAAUAAAGCAGGUCUGAAGUCAUGUGAGGCUUUUAAGUAUCUUUAUGUUUCUUCUUUUUUAAAUGUUUUUGAGUCUUCGGUUUUAUUAUUUCAUGUGAAGCUGAUGUAAAUGUUGUAUGGCUGUUGUCAGUGGUGUUUAUCCAGAACAAAAGCUUCAUGUGAGACGGGAGGAGAAAAGAACAACCUAGAUGCUGUCUUUAAUGCAUUUUCAAACACUUUAUAGCUUUCUGACUAAGAAAUGUGUAACGUUUCAUUUCUCAACUGCCAGAUGUUAAAGCGAUAGACCUAGAAGAUAUUUUUAGUUUAUGAUUUUUCACAUUUCAAGACUGAAUAAUACUUCAGUCUCCUUUUGUAUUUUCUUAAGAUGUUGUCUCUAGAACUCUAGUUUAGAUAUCGAGAGAUGCUUUUUAUUUUAAAUCUGAAAAUGUACCAAAAUUGGGAGGAUUUUGUAAAUCCGAGGUAAAGCGAAGAUGAAGGGCUUUUUUUUUUUUUUUUUUUGUACAUUCCUUAAGCAAGAUUUUUUGUUAAACUGGGAAGCCAUGUCUAUGUAGUGACUUUUACCAGCUUUAGUACAAGCAUGUCUAUGCAAUAGUUAAGAGUUGAAAUAAAAGAAAACUUGGACACCAAA